AUUGAGAGAAAGCAGCAGAUUAAGAUUUCAAUUCAUCCAUAAUGAUUGAGAAAAAGAUGGAGAAAAGGAAAAGUCCAAACUGAGUUGCUCCUCCUCCUCCUCCUCUGUCCUUCCCUGCACUUUCCUCUUUUAUCUGUUUCCACUUUUCUUCCACUCAUCUCUCUUCUUCCUCUCUCUCAUACUCAUCACCAAAACCAAAUCUUCUUCGCUUCCUACUUCCUUCCUUCACUUUCACUCUCUGCUCUGCCAUCGCCAGCCAUGUCAAACCAACAAGGUGGAGCUGCUCCUCUCGGCCAAGGCGAAAGGGACACCUCCGAAAAGGGUCCCGCCACACAAACCUAUAAUCCACUUUCCGAAAUAUCGCCGUCGCCGUCUCCGUCGUCGGCGACGGCGCCGGCGUUGGUACUGUCGAACUCAGGGAAGAGAAUCGAUCAAGCGGGGAAGAAGAAGUACGUGAAGCAAGUGACGGGGCGGCACAACGACACGGAGCUUCACUUGGCGGCGCAAAGGGGCGAUGUGGGUGCGGUGAAGCAGAUCCUUAUGGACAUCGAUUCUCAGAUAAUGGGUACUCUUAGUGGUGACGAUGAUGAUCUCAACGCUGAGAUUGCUGAGGUUCGUGCUUGUGUUGUGAAUGAAGAGAACGAGCUUGGUGAGACCCCUUUGUUCACUGCUGCUGAAAAGGGACACCUCGAUGUUGUUAAGGAACUUUUGAACCAUUCCUCCGCCGAUACUGUUUCCAAGAAGAACCGAUCUGGCUUUGAUCCCUUGCAUAUUGCUGCUAGUCAAGGCCACCAUGCCAUUGUUCAGGUUUUACUAGAUUAUGACCCGGGAUUGAGCAAAACGAUUGGUCCGUCCAAUUCCACUCCACUUAUAACUGCAGCAACAAGAGGGCACACAGAAGUGGUGAAUGAACUUCUGUCAAAGGAUCGUAGCUUGUUGGAAAUUGCUAGAUCCAAUGGCAAAAAUGCAUUGCAUUUAGCUGCUCGUCAGGGCCAUGUAGAGAUUGUAAAAGCCUUGCUCAGCAAAGAUCCACAGUUGGCUCGGAGGACAGAUAAGAAAGGGCAAACUGCAUUGCAUAUGGCUGUAAAAGGGCAGAGUUGUGAUGUGGUGAAAUUGCUUCUGCAAGCAGAUGCUGCUAUUGUCAUGCUUCCUGACAAAUUUGGUAACACGGCAUUGCAUGUGGCUACCAGGAAAAAGCGAGUUGAGAUAGUGAAUGAGUUAUUACUUCUGCCUGACACCAACGUUAAUGCAUUAACCAGAGACCACAAAACAGCCCUUGACAUUGCUGAAAACCUUCCCCUCUCUGAAGAGGCAUCAGAUAUAAAGGCCUGUCUUUCACGAUGGGGGGCACUUAGAGCCAACGAGCUAAACCAACCAAGGGAUGAAUUGAGGAAAACUGUCACUCAAAUUAAGAAAGAUGUUCACACCCAACUAGAACAAACGAAAAGAACCAACAAAAAUGUUCAUAAUAUUUCCAAAGAGCUAAGGAAGCUCCACAGGGAAGGAAUUAACAAUGCCACAAACUCAGUGACAGUGGUGGCUGUGUUGUUUGCUACAGUUGCUUUUGCUGCUAUAUUCACCGUGCCUGGUGGGGAUAAUGAUGAUGGCUCAGCUGUGGUAGCAGCUUAUGCUGCUUUUAAAAUCUUCUUUGUCUUCAAUGCUAUUGCACUUUUUACAUCUUUGGCUGUUGUGGUUGUUCAAAUUACCUUGGUUAGAGGUGAAACUAAAGCGGAGAAAAGGGUGGUAGAGGUGAUCAACAAGCUGAUGUGGUUGGCUUCUGUAUGUACUUCAGUGGCAUUUAUUGCCUCUUCUUACAUAGUUGUGGGUAGGAAGAACGAGUGGGCUGCGAUUUUGGUCACAGUAGUUGGAGGGGUGAUAAUAUCUGGAGUCCUUGGCACCAUGACUUUCUAUGUAGUGAGGUCUAAGAGAAGCAGUUCAAUGAGGAAGAAGGAAAAGCAGCAGCUAGCUAGGAGGAGUGGAUCCAACUCAUGGCAUCAUUCUGAAUUCUCAAAUUCUGAGGUUGAUCGAAUUUAUGCUCUCUGAUUUUGAUCUCGCAGCUUUUUGGGUGAUUGUGAAGACCAAAUUAUGGGGUAUAAGAUAACAGGUGUUUAGAGCUUGCUCCAUAUUACCACUUUAAGGGUUCACUAAGAACCCCUAAUGUGACAUGUUGUGUACACUGUACAGGCAAUUGUUUUCUGCUGUAGGAUCUUGACAAAUUGCAAUGAAGCCAUAAUCGUUAUUGUAACUGUUAAAUGGUGCACUGCAGGGCCUAUGUAAGCACCUGUAUCUUAAUCCCAGGUUGUGAUUUGCUAGUGUUAUAAACCGAACAUUGUUUUAAUUAUCAAUUUAUGUAUUGAUAUCAAAAUAUGCCUACUAUCCCAGUUGGUUACUGAAUGUUUUAUUACUAGAUUUCUCUUGGGGGGCUUUUCAAUUCAUACAGGACCUUGAUAAUGCUGCAUUUUAUUUAGAAAAAUGAAGAACU